AUGCCUUCUGUCGGCGAACUUCAGGAGCGCUUGUUUAAACUUUCCGAAUUAUGCGAACAAUUCGACAAAGUGCAAGUUGAAAUGGAGGAGCAAUAUGAUGCCCUUGAAGAAAUCAGUUCUAUUUUCAAUCAUCGAGUUGAAUUCGAGGAAAUGUACUAUGAUGUAAAAGAGCGAUACAUAACCUUGCUUGGUGUACCGAAACCACACGGAAGUAGUGAAGGAACAAUCGUCGACCCAACGGACGAUCUCAAAGAGGCAAUGAAAUUGCUUCUGGAUUCGCAACGAAUGUUGAUGACGUCGCAGGCUGCAGCCCAAAACACUGUCUCGCAGUUGGCUGGUCAAGUUGGUUCCGUAAAUCUUUCACGUCCAUUCGCUGAUGCUCAAACGUCUGGAGGGCAAUUUCCAUUCGAGGUGCGCCUGCCAACUAUUUCUCUGCCGGUCUUCAAAGGCGAUCGGAAGCAAUGGGCUUCCUUCAAAGAUCUCUACGAAAGCUGCAUUCAUUCAAGAAACAUAAAGGAUUCCGUAAAACUUCAGUACCUGCUUUCCCACCUCGACGGUGAGGCGAAAAAGUUGGUUAGUGCAUUCACUGUUACCGACGCUAACUAUGUGGAAGUAUGGGACCGACUCAACGAGUUUUAUGAUAAGAAAAAGUACACUGUCGCAGCUCUUAUCAAGGAAUUCUUUGAUCAGCCGCCGAUUACUACACCAUCUCUCGUCGGACUUCGUAAACUUGUGUCAACGUCGGAUGAAGUUGUGCGGCAGCUCAAAGCUCUCGGAGAAGAAUAUGAAUCCCGAGAUCCCUGGCUGAUUCAUUUGCUUCUAGAGAAACUCGAUCGUGAAACGCGUUCAUUGUGGGCUCAAAAGCUGGUAGAGGAGGAUUUCCCCAGCUUCAAUGAUUUUGUCACGUUCCUUGAACGAAGGUGUGAUGCGAUGGAAACCUGCGCAUCAUUUUCCAGAAAAGGGGGAGAAACCACAAUCAAAAAGGAUCUUGACCGUAAAGCAGACCAAAAUAUGAGACCGAACAAGGUGAUUCAAAGUUUCCAUGCAAUUACGCAGUUAUCUUGUCCGCAAUGUGCUGAAGCUCACACCAUAUAUCAGUGUGCCAGUUUUAAAGGGAUGUCGGUGCAUGACCGGCGUGAAUUGAUUCAGCGAGCCAAGCUCUGUUUCAAUUGUAUGAAAGCGACUCACAUUGUGAAGAACUGCACGUCUGCAGGAGUGUGCAAACAGUGUAAACAGAAACACCAUUCACUGCUCUGCACAAUCGGUACAUCUGAUUCUGGCCAGCUCCGCGAAAAAACGGCAGCUGCAAAGAAUCAACAAACCACCAAAUCAGAAGAACCGAAGCAAGCGGAUUCGGUGGCAUCGUAUGUCACGGAUCUCAAACCCAACUGCUCGCUGAACUUUCUCAGUUUGCUUCCAACGGCUUCCAUUAAAGUAUUGGGGAAGAACGGUGUCUUUCAUGAAGCACGGGCAAUGGUGGACUCAGCCUGCAUGAAUUCACUAAUCAGCAAACAAGCAUUCGAGCGUCUUGGCCUGGAGAGGCGCAAUGCCAGCAUUCUGGUGAGCGGAAUCACAGAUGGAAAAUCCAGCAAGACGUCGGGAGCAGUCACAUUGCAAAUCUCAUCGCGAUUCGACGAUCGUAUCAUCAUCGUGGUAGAAGCUUUGAUCCUGAAUCAUCUGGUUUCGGAUCAACCGAGUCAACAAUUUGACAUCGACACUAGCGCCUUGGCCGAAGCGCCUCUUGCAGAUCCAGACUACAACAAACGCGGUAAGAUCGACCUUUUAUUGGGAAUAGAAGCAUUAUUUUCCAUUUUAGAAAGCUGUACGACGAUCAAGGCGUUCCGAUUGCACAAAAUUCUGUCUUCGGCUAUUUGGUCGGUGGCCAAUUCAAAACAUUACCCGCCACCAGCGGUCGCCCGAUGCUCGGCCUAG